AUGAUUUUACCAACCAACAACAACAAGAUUCGUAGGCAGACCGUGAUAGAUACCGCUUGGGAGAAGGCAUUCUUGCAAUUAGACAUCAAAAUUCACUAUGAACUUGAAGAUCAGGCGGAAUUCGUUCAAAAUUGCCUUCGCAAAGAUUCAUCUCUCACAGAAUCCGAAAGGAAUUAUUUGAUCAAGAAACUUCAGGAAAAUGUUGACGACGUCUCCGUCAAGCUAGACAUAGGUUACACCCGCGUAUGCGAAAAUUGUCUCGAAUUGACUCAUGCCUACGAUUAUUGCGAACAUUGUAUUCGCGCAUACCUGGAAAGCGAUUUUGGAAAUUGGACGUCUGGCGAUGAUACCAUCGAUGAUCUAAUAAGGAAGUGUCAGAGCAAUCCUAUUAACCCAUCAAAUAUCAUAGAGAAUUUUCAAUGCGUGGAAUAUAAUACAAAAGCAGACAGUUUAAAUGAGAUUCACUCGGUAGACUUGGUUCAUCGAGAUUUGCACCCCGGAAACGUAUUGUUGCACAAACGAUCCAUGGUUUGGUAUAUAAGCGAUCUAGGUUUUUGUGGUCCCAUCGACAAACCUACCGACUGCAUUUAUGGGAACCUUCCGUACAUUGCUCCGGAAGUAAUAAAGAAAAAGAAAUACACAGCCAAGGCUGAUAUGUAUAGUCUUGGUAUGAUCAUGUGGCAAUUAUCAUCCGGAAGGCCGCCAUUUCACAACAGGCUACACGAUACGGAUCUUGCUUUCGACAUUAUAAAUGGAAAAAGACCAAAAAUUGUAAAGGGGACCCCUCCAGAAUAUGUUGCUAUAAUGAGACAGUGUUGGAACGCACAUCCAGAAAAGAGGCCUGAUACAGUAAAGAUCCUGAAGAAGAUGAAUAAGAUUUACAUGAAAUUGUAUAACAUUGAACUUGACAAUGGACAAAAAAGCCAUUUGUCCAUUCCGGCCAAAGUGAAAGAUCUCUUCAUCAAACUUUUUAGGACCUCAAAAAAUUUACCUGCUGAAGUGGAAAUUCCUACAGACUUGAGCGCAAAACCAAAUCAUGAGAUUGUAGGGUUUAUUCCAGCUGUUUCCAGCUCGGAAUUUUGCACUAGCCAGUUGCACCAUUUCAAGGAUUUGCCCGAACCUAAAAACAUGAUUCCAGAUGAAGAAGGAAUCGAAGAGGAAAGUGAAGAUACGGUUCAAUAUUAUUUGGAAAUUACUGAAGGCAUGGAAAAUCAACUUGAAAAUGAAAAGGCUGCAAAUGAAGGGGUCCUUAAUUUUUGA